AGGGCGAUCCGAGGCGCGCCGGACUGGAGCAGCGACCCGGGGCCCCUGUUCUGGGAGCGGGAAGUCGGAAGAGGGUUUGUCGCCGGUGCCCGCAGGCUUGGGCGCUACCCGAGCGAGAGGAGGGAGCGAGGGCUCGCCAGGCGCCCAGCCGCCUCCCCGGCACAAGCUCUCCGGACUCGAAGGUCUGCAGGCUGCUGCUCCUCCCACCCCGGCCCGCCUCCUCGCUCUUUCGCUAGCUCUCCGGAGCUGCUGUGCUAACACCGCGGUGCGUCCCGGCGAGUGCGGGCCGAGGGGCCCUGCGCCAGGGCUGAGCAGAGGACAGGGGCGUCCCGGGCAGAGCGCAGCCGGCCGGGGAGUGGCCAUGUGUGGCAAGGCCGCGGCGAAGUUCGUCUGCACCAAGUGACCUAGCGUCGUGGACCGCUGCCCUGCCCCCUCUGCUGCCACCUGGGGCAGCGCGGGCCCCGGUGCCCCGGAUCGCGCGUAGAGCCGGCGCGAUGCACGUGCGCUCGCUGCGCGCCGCGGCGCCACACAGCUUCGUGGCUCUCUGGGCGCCUCUGUUCUUACUGCGCUCCGCCCUAGCCGACUUCAGCCUGGACAACGAGGUGCACUCGAGCUUCAUCCACCGGCGCCUCCGCAGCCAGGAGCGGCGGGAAAUGCAGCGGGAGAUCCUGUCCAUCUUGGGCUUGCCCCAUCGCCCGCGCCCGCACCUCCAGGGAAAGCAUAACUCGGCGCCCAUGUUCAUGUUGGACCUGUACAACGCCAUGGCGGUGGAGGAGAGUGGGCCCGACGGCCAGGGCUUCUCCUACCCCUACAAGGCCGUCUUCAGUACCCAGGGUCCCCCUUUAGCCAGCCUGCAGGACAGCCACUUCCUCACCGACGCCGACAUGGUCAUGAGCUUCGUCAACCUCGUGGAACAUGACAAGGAACUCUUCCAUCCCCGCUACCACCAUCGGGAGUUCCGGUUUGACCUCUCCAAGAUCCCCGAGGGGGAAGCGGUGACUGCAGCUGAGUUCCGCAUCUAUAAGGACUACAUCCGGGAGCGGUUUGACAACGAGACCUUCCAGAUCAGGGUCUACCAGGUGCUCCAGGAGCACUCCGGCAGGGAGUCGGACCUCUUCUUGCUGGACAGUCGUACCCUCUGGGCUUCUGAGGAGGGAUGGCUGGUGUUUGACAUCACAGCCACCAGCAACCACUGGGUGGUCAACCCUCGGCACAAUCUGGGCCUGCAGCUCUCCGUGGAGACCCUGGAUGGGCAGAGCAUCAACCCCAAGUUGGCUGGCCUGAUUGGGCGGCACGGGCCCCAGAACAAGCAGCCCUUCAUGGUGGCCUUCUUCAAGGCCACAGAGGUCCAUCUGCGUAGCAUCCGGUCCACUGGGGGCAAGCAGCGCAGCCAGAACCGCUCCAAGACGCCCAAGAACCAAGAGGCACUGAGGAUGGCCAGUGUGGCAGAAAACAGCAGCAGUGACCAGAGGCAAGCCUGCAAGAAACACGAGCUGUACGUCAGCUUCCGAGACCUCGGCUGGCAGGACUGGAUCAUUGCACCUGAAGGCUAUGCUGCCUAUUACUGUGAAGGGGAGUGUGCCUUCCCUCUGAACUCCUACAUGAACGCCACCAACCACGCCAUCGUCCAGACACUGGUUCACUUCAUCAACCCCGACACGGUGCCUAAGCCUUGCUGCGCGCCCACCCAGCUCAACGCCAUAUCCGUCCUCUACUUCGACGACAGCUCCAAUGUCAUCCUGAAGAAGUACAGGAACAUGGUGGUCCGGGCCUGUGGCUGCCACUAGCCUCUUCUCCGGGCCACAUUGUUCCAGAUCUGUGGUGUCUCACCAUCUAGUCUCUCAGCUGCCCACCUUGGCGAGGAGCCAACAGACCAGUCACCUUUCCUGAGCCUUCCCCUCACCUCCCCAACCGGAAAUACGUAAGGCAUUAGAAACCCGAGCGCCCAGUGGCUGGCAAGCGGGCUGUAACUCUGGCACAUUAUGGACAAGAUCUUACAAGCUGCCGCAGGCGACAUCUAGCAGGGAAAAUAUCUUCCAAGAAAGAGUCCAUUGGCCACGUGGUCUCUGUGUUGCUCUGAGUCCUUGAGAGGUAAUCACAACUGUCCUUCAGCCAGGCCGUCCUGCAGCAGGAGGAAGGGCAUAGCCCAUAGCCAGGGUGGGCGCUUACGUCUGUGCUAAAGGAAAACCAAGCAGAAGUCCCUGUAAUAAAAUGUCACAAUAAAACCCAUGAAUGAAAAUGGUUAGGAUGUUACAGAUAUAUUUUCCUAAACAAUUUAUCCCCGUUCCUCGGUUUAUUCUGACUUCAUAAACAGAAGCUGGGGCCCAUGGAGGCUGGGGAAUCCCCUGCCUCCUUUCCACUUGGUUUCCUUCUGAGGCUGCAGGGCCAAGUGUUUACCCAGACCUGCCCGAAUCCACUAUGCAGGGAGGGGAAGGAGGGAAGUCUGCUUGGAAGAGGCCAGGGAGUACUGGCCUCAAAGGAAGUAUGUUGGGAUGGGAAAUCAGGGAGGCGCACACACCCACGCACAUGUGAAACACGCACGCACACAUGCACGCACAUGUGAAACACACAGACUUUGGAAUGGCUCUGCCAGCCCCUGGGUCCCAAUUCCUGCCCCACGCUAGGAAAUAAUGAGGAGACUCUAAGUGACCAAGCCCAGAGGCAGGACCGAACUGGUACUCCGGGCCUAGGCGAAGCAGCACAGGGGAUGCCCAAGGCCCAGGGUGCAGGGGCUUCAGGGCACUGUCCUCUAAGCGAGGCCUCUCUGGCCCAACUCCAGAGCCAGGUCCUGCCCUAUUCGACGGCCUCGCCUCACUCUCAGCCCCUAGCAGAAGGCCCUGAACCAAGUGGGUUCCUGGACUUGAGGGAGCCUGGGUACAGGGAUGAACUAGACUUAGAUGGACUUGAGAGUAAUUUCCUAACCACACUUCCUGCCUCAAGCAAGCCCGCCACGCCCGGCUCUGUGGUGUCCGUGCUAUCAUCUCCGGCUCCUAGCUUCCACUGCAAAGCUGACUGUCUGCUGAUGUCUCCUGCAUCUACACGAAGAAUGGAGUUAGCCAGGUGGGACCCAUGACCCUGUAGGACCUGGUCACGCGGGAACCAGUUCUCCAUGUCUGUGAUCCUGGAAACACUGGGCUCUGAUUCUGUUAUUAUUUUUACUUUUUUCUUCCUCGGUACCUUGGGCUGCAGCCUCCACCAGUGGAGGGAGAGCGGUUCGCCUUGUAAUUUGUUUUGUGUGUUGGCAGAUCUGGGGCUUUUUGUGUGACUCCCUCUUGGUACACAUUUUACUGGUCAUGGCCCUAGUCCGCCCGCAGUCAGUGUCUUUUGUACAUUUAAAUGUGUAAAUAAUUGUGACAAGACAAAGAAAUUAUUUAUUUCCAUCUGAAGUUCUUUUCAAAGGCUCUGUGUGGAGAACAAUGGGGUUGCUUUCCUUUCGUCUGUUUGUUUUCUUAUUUAAGACUAUUUAUUAACAGUCGGACCGAUGUACCCAUAGCUGUCUCACAAAGUGGUCCUUAGUGAAAAGUCUGUAUAAAUAGAGUAAAGAGGGGUUUGACUUUGCAAUAAAAGGAGACAUUUGGUUCUGGUUGUCA